AUGAGCCUCAAAUCCCCAGCGUCUACUCCUCAGUUUGAGAGCAAAGGCAGCCAUAGUAUGUCUAGAAAUGGAAGUUGUUAUCUAGUCAGGCACACCCCUCAUCCCAGAAGGGUCUGCCACAUCAAAGGCUUGAAUAACAUUCCUAUCUGUACUGUGAAGGAUGAUGAGAACUCAUUGUGGGAUGUUGACCAGUUCAACCACUUAGAGACGACGGACAAUAUACCAUUUGCCAAAUGCAGUCACCCACCCAGCACUGCAGCCCUGGAGAGCCCAGUCAGAGGAGUCUCACCAGCCCCCAAAAGUGCCAAUGUACAUCCCCCACGGCCUCAUUCUGAGCCCUGUAGAAAAAUCAAGGAGUGCUUCAAAACUUCCAGUGAGAAUCCCUUAGUAAUUAAAAAGGAAAGUGAGGUAAAAAAUCCACCCUCACCUCCCAAGGCAUGCUCUACUACAGGCCCUUGUUCUUCAGAGGUGCUGAGUGCCAAGACUAACGCCAAGGAGAGCACCAUAUGCAUACCAAACUACCUGGACCAGGAAAUCAAAAUUCUGGCAAAGCUCUGUAACAUUUUACAUACUGAUUCUCUGGCCGAAGUUCUACAGUGGCUGCUUCACGCAAGUUCAAAAGAGAAAGAGUGGGUCUCAGCUUUGAUUCAUGCUGAGCUGUCUGAGAUAAACUUGUUGACUCGCCCUCUGAGAAGAAGCGUCUCCGCGGAACCAGCAGCGGUGACUGGGAAGCUAACCAAAGUUAAAUCUCCUUCAUAUUCACCUGUGAAAUCAAAAGUGCAGACCAGACCUGGAGAAGGACAUCAACUGACCAGAGUGUCAAGUCAAGGAUCUGAAGAAAAUAAGGUGGUACCAAAAGAGGCUGAGCACAAACCUGCAAUGUUUAUAAGAAGAAAUAAGAUGACAAUCCCAGUUACAGAAUAUUUCAGCAAAUCAAACUCUCCUCCCAGGCCUAAAACUCAGGAGAGCAUAUCAACAAAACCAAUGUCAGCAAGGAGUAUACACCCAGAAUACAAUCUCCCUCCCCAGAGAACAUUUUCUCCUUUAACAUACCAAAGGUAG